CUCUCCGGGCGGCGCGCAUUUCCUCUCGAACGCGCCUCGCAUUAGGAGCUGCUUAAGAGGAGGCAAUCAUGUCAGGAGAACUUCAACCACGCCGAACUAGCAGUAGACACGUUUGGAUUCAAUUCACACAACUGGCUGCAGACUACAAAGCAGUGAAUCUUGGACAGGGAUUUCCUGACUUCUCCCCUCCAGAAUUUGUCAAAGAAGCUUUUUGUAAAGCUGUGAGUGGAGGACACCAAAUGCACCAGUAUACUCGGGCUUUUGGCCAUCCUCGUCUUGUAAAAAUUCUGGCUAAAUUCUUCGGCAGGAUAGUGGGACAUGAGAUUGAUCCUUUUGAAGACGUGCUGGUCACAGUUGGAGCUUAUCAGGCUCUCUACUGUGCAUUUCAAGCUCUGAUUGAUGAAGGGGAUGAGGUCAUAAUUGUUGAGCCGUUCUUUGACUGCUACCAGCCGAUGUUGAAGAUGGCCGGAGGAAAGGCCGUUUAUAUACCUCUGAGGCCGAAAGUUGAAGGAAGCACCGUCCUGUCAAGUGGAGACUGGGUUCUUUCUCCUGAGGAGCUGGCCAGUAAAUUCACUCCACGCACAAAAGCCAUCGUUAUCAACACUCCCAACAACCCACUGGGCAAGGUUUUCAAGAGAGAAGAGCUCCAAAUGAUCGCUGAUCUGUGUAUCAAACAUGAUGUGCUGUGCAUCAGUGAUGAGGUGUACGAGUGGCUGACUUAUGAUGGAAUCAAGCAUGUGAAGAUGGCCAGCCUUCCUGGCAUGUGGGAACGAACCAUCACCAUUGGAAGUGCAGGAAAGACCUUCAGUGCUACUGGCUGGAAGGUUGGCUGGGUCAUCGGUUCUGUUCAUCACAUUAACAACCUGAAAAUCACCCAUGAUGACUGUGUUUACCAAUGUCCUACAACCGCUCAGGAGGCAGUAGCUCGUGGAUUUGAGAGAGAAUACGAGCUGUUUGGGACUCCAGAGAGCUACUUCCAGCAGCUGCCUGCGAUGUUGCACCAGAAGAGAGACAAGCUGGCCUCAUGUCUGCAGAGUGUGGGUUUGCAGCCCAUCGUGCCAGAGGGAGGCUAUUUUAUAAUCGCAGACAUCUCCUCUGUCAAGGUGGACCUAAAUGACCAGAACACUAAGGAUGAACCCUAUGACUUCAAAUUUGUUAAGUGGCUAACUAAGGAGAAGGGUUUAGCAACAAUGCCCGUCUCUUUAUUCUACAGUCCAGAGCACAGCACAAAGUUUGACAAAUACAUUAGAUUCUGCUUCGUCAAGGAGGACUCCACCCUGAAUGCAGCAGACGACAUCUUAAAAAAGUUGAGUCAGACACAGUAAAAUCUGCCACUACAAGAAGCAUUGCCCGCCCAGUCUUUAUAUGUAAAGUCUGUAUAAUAAUAAACAUUGUGUAAAAACUCAGGCUUUACAAAAAAAUCCUUUUUAAUGUUCCUGUGUGAUUAUUUUA